CCUCUGCCCCCCCAAAGUUCUGGGAUUACAGGCCUGAGCCACCGCGCCUGGACCCCAAAGGCCCUUAAGUUUAAAGGCCUCGUUCUUCAGUCAGGUUUUCCUUGUUCUCUCGUGUUCAGCCAAUCGUUUUAAGUUUGUGUUUAAGGAGAAACUAACAAUGAAAACGGACUCGUUGACGGAGGAAAAGUUGGAAUGCAGCCUCUGGUGCUGUUUGAGCGAUCCCUCUCCCCAGGGCCGCCGCUGUGUUCUGGAAAGGUGCAUUGUACCAUGGAUGCGGCAGGGAUCCUGUUCAUUUUCUUCACCAAUAUGGUUUGUGGACUCUGAUGAGCCAAAUCUGACAUCAGGUCUGGAAUGUCUAGAAGAUACUAAGAACAACAAUUCUGUGAGGAAAGAAGCCAAGCUAUUUUCUCUUUUCCUCAUGAACAUUAUAUUUAGAAAUUAAAU